UCAAGUACAUAAUUAAUAUAAGUUCUAUACUAAAACAUUUCUGAAAUGUCGCUUUCAAAGAAACCUCCACUAUACUACUUUGGAUUUAUAUCAAUAUGGACAUUACUUUUACUUGGAGUAAACGGACAACUAAGAGUAUGUAGGAACAGAACAGCGGAUGUUUAUGACGUCACAUUCACUCUAUCGACUGACGUUCACGUAGAAAUCACAGGACCGAAGAGCCUGCAGUUGUACGCUGAUGUUGCCUGGGUUGCAAGUAUACCGAACAAUGUCCAACUUGAUGGGUUUGCUGUUCAUCUCCUUGACACAGAAACAAAACGAAAUCAUUCUAUCACUUCUCAUUCAAUUGAACCUGUAUCGGCCUGUCAUUCGGGAGAAAACCAUAUGUGGAUAUCAACGACAGAGACCAGCGUAUGCGACACGAAUGAUACCAUACCUGAAUGCGCCAAACAGCUUUUAACACAAGAAAAUACAAAUGUCUGUUUGUGCCCGCAACCUGAAUGCGGGCUCUUCUAUCCCGUGCAGUGCAAGUCAACCACCGAUCUACUGGGACCGAAUAAUAAUUAUCAUUUAACCGUUUUACCGACAACGAGAAACCUCUCUUUUCCUAUCAAUUUCGACACGGAAUACGAGUUUUCUAUCAGUCCGUAUUACAGGGAGUUUGCUAAUUUGUCACCAUACACCACGAUAAUACACGAGAUAUCGACGUGCCAUCCAGCAGUUUUGGAAGCCAUAGGUCAGUCUGCGAUUGGAUCGUCAUGUAUGGAAAUAACAUGGACACCAGUGCCGGACGUUCUCGAGUAUUUGGUUGAAGUCAGCAUCGGUCCUGCAAACGUCACCAAUAUAAUUACGUCACUAACUACGUCAGAUGCAACAGCUAAAAUAUGUGGACUCAAUGUGUGUGUGUCUUACACCGUCACUGUAUCCUACUUCAUAGGCGAAGCGAAGAAUGUGCUUCAGGAACCGUCAACUCAUGUUAUUCCAUUAAUCCUUCCCACACCAGACGAAACAACGACCUCUAGUGAUACUACUGCGCCUCCAACAUCAAGCCCGACAACUACAGGAAGUACUUGUACUGAAACGCAAUGCGAUCAAAAUGCAGAUUGUCAAGAUUUCGGGAAUGGGAACCUCGGAUGCGUUUGCGUGCUGGGAUACACUGGUGAUGGUCUGACUUGUACAGACAUUUCAGAAUGCGAUGUUGACAUUGACAACUGCAGUCCGUUCGCUUCUUGUUUCAAUUUCGCUGGAUCCUACGAUUGUCAAUGCAAUGCCGGAUAUUUUGGGAAUGGAUCUGUAUGUGAAGAACUUGUCUCAGAACUAUCUGGGUAG